CCAUGUGUUCUAAUUUAGUCCUUAUCAUUUCAGAUACUUUUCUCCCUGCCAAAUUCUUCCCCCCUUCUCCGAACUCAGUGGUUUUGUGAAAUGGUAUAUAUCAAGUGCAAGUACAUUCUGCUUUGACUGUUUUCUAAUAAAACAUUAUCGGAUUUCAGCUCUAACCCUCACCACCACCACCCCCAGGACCCAGCAGCAGUUCCUUAAACUACUCUGUGUGUCAAACUUAAAAGUACCAUCAUAUCCUGGGUGGAGCCUGAAGUUACAGAAAAAGCAUUAAAAAAAACCCUGCCUGUUACUGCACACAGGAGGAAGGAGAGAGGGGGACGGGAGAAGCAUGUUCUAGCAAGCUGUGAGACAAGGCCGUCAAAUUGCAUAGAGAGAGUGUGAGAACAAGCUACGAACAAGGCACAACUCAACGAAGACUUAUCAGAACUCGACUCCACCGUCAACAUAGGACCUUCACACAUCAUUUCACCAAUUUCCACCCCUUUAGGUGUAAUGCAGGUUACUGAGUAAUUUUUCUGUCAUUUUCUUUGUCACGUUAUGUGUUGGUCCACCAGUAGCUGGAGAACAUCAGCUCAUUCCUGAACAUGGACUUUUCUUUAUGGAUGAAGUUACCUUAGGAGUAUUUAGGUGAUGAUCUGAGGGCAAUUGAACAAAUCCUUGAAAUACUGUAGAUUGGUCUAGUUGGAGAAAGUUGGAAGGACGUGGUUGAACAUACGGAAAGCCUCAAAAUUUGAAGUCAACAAGAAUCCCUUUUGAAGCCAAGAACAUGAAAAUCCUCUUGAUGCUUUUGUUGCUAGAUCUUCUUCAUGUGGCCAUGUCAAUGUCAACGUGCAAGGCGGUAGAUAUGGAAGAGAUGAAGAAAAGGAGAAUUGAGGCCAUUAGAGGACAAAUUCUUAGUAAAUUAAUGCUUACCGAACCUCCUAAUGUGGAGAGCGAGGAGAUGUCAGUCCCGACAGAUAUCCUGUCAGUUUAUAAUAGUACUAUAGAGGCAAUAAAAGAAAAAACGGAGAAAGAGAAGCCUAUUGUGGAGGGAUACUACUCCGAACAGGUGAAGAGGAUUGACAUGUUUAAAACAGACACAGACAGCAAUGCAAAAUUUGUCUUCACCUUCAAUGCAUCUCUAGUAAGGGAGAUUGUGGAGAGCCAAAAUCUGCUGCACAAUGCAGAGCUGCGCAUGUAUCGGAAACCUGGAGGGGAAGACGAUAAAGAGAUGAGAUAUGAGCUGUACAGGGUAGAAAGCAACACAUCCACUCGAUACCUGGACAGUCAGUUUAUCUUUCCAUCAAGGCCGGCAGAGUGGCUGUCAUUCGAUGUCACUGAAACAGUCAAAUGGUGGCUGACGCGGCCAGUUUCAAAUGAGAGCUUUAUAUUACAAGAGCCUUGUUCCUGUACUAAGGACACUGGAAAAGAGCUGCAAAUUGUGGGCUUUUCCCCAAUACGAGGUGACAUGCAAGCUCUCAGCAAUGACGUGAACUUUACUCCCUAUCUAUUAAUUACAUAUACUCCCAAGGGGCGGAUAGAGGAUGGACACAGCAGCCGCAGAAAGCGCGGAGUGGAUGAACAGUACUGUAACGCGCAUAGUGGAAAAAACUGCUGUGUAAAACCCCUCUACAUUAACUUCCGUAAGGACCUUGGGUGGAAGUGGAUUCACGAACCCAAAGGCUAUGAUGCUAACUAUUGCUUAGGGAACUGUCCCUUUAUCUGGAGCAUGGACAAGCAGUACAGCAAGGUCCUGUCCCUCUAUAACCAGAACAAUCCGGGGGCAUCCAUCUCCCCGUGCUGUGUGCCAGAUGUCUUGGAUCCCCUACCUAUUAUCUACUAUGUUGGUCGGACACCAAAGGUGGAGAAACUGUCAAACAUGGUGGUACGAUCUUGUCAGUGCAGCUGAGAUACAAUACUGGAGGUUAUAGGUUAAGGAAACAACAUGGUACUGGACUCUCCCACAACAUACAUUAGUCAUAAUGACCUGUGGUCAACUCUUGUCCUCACCCUCCACCCCUCUAUCUCUGAACCUGAAGUCUGAGGUCAACAGAGAGGUUACUCUUGGAAUGGAGGUCAAAGACCAGCACAGACUCUUCUGUACACAGAGCUCCAUAUCAAUGGUUCCAGUACUGCAGUGACAACCACCACCAUCAUCCCAUGUCUGAGAGGAAUCGUUUCCUGAAAGCUCUGCAAGAACAGCAUCUGCCAUGAAGAACAGCCGCACAUGUACGACAUGUGGUGCCAGCUAUAAGAUGGAAGCACGGGACUGUGGCUUGUACAACAACAUAUAUAUUGGCCACAUAGACUUCUAGCGUAGAAUUUUUUGACCCCAAGAAAUAUUAUGAAUAGUGUAUCAGCUGUCUACCCACAUUUGUGCAUCAGGAAAUAAGUUGACUGCAGUUAAUGUCUCCAAUACUGCGGACCCCGUAGUUAUCACUAGACGCCCUUUCUCACCUUCAUGUCUGUAUAUGUACACAUUUUUACAUCAAAAACAAUGCCAUAUGUCAAGCUGUUCUACAGAUACAGUAAGUCCUGCCUUAAACAGAAUACAAGCCUUGUUUUAUCUCAUUGGCAAUAAUGUGGUAACUUGGCUGUACUUAUGAUGGAUCCAGAUGCAGUUGUAUUGUUACAACAUGAUUGGUGGUCUUGGCAUUGCUUGAGGACUUGGUUCUAUUAAAGUGUUCCUGUCAUCAACAAAAACUUUUUAUAUAAUGUAGAUAAUACCAUUAUAUGUAUAUUUGUAAUAUACAUUGAUUAAAAAGUUUGUAUAUUUUUGGGUGAAAAAUUGCUGUCCCUGCAGCUAUUGCCUGUGUGUCUCUAUGAAGACACCAAAUACAGGAGGUGAAGGCAGGACAAGCAGGGCUCUGUGCAGGCUCAUGGCUUGUCAAUCAUCCUGAUGUGUGAGCCUGGGAGGCAUGUCACAGAUCCUCAGUGCACAAAGCCCUGCUUGUCCUGAGUGUACAGAACUCUGCUUGUCCCCAGUGUACGGAGCCCUGCUUGUCCCCAGUGUACGGAGCCCUGCUUGUCCUCAGUGUACAGAGCCCUGCUUGUCCUCGGUGUACAGAGUCCCGCUUGUCCUCAUUGCACAGAGCCCUGCUUGUCCUCAGUGUACAGAUCCCUGCUUGUUCUGAGUGUACAGAACUCUGCUUGUCCCCAGUGUACAGAGCCCUGCUUGUCCCCAGUGUACAGAGCCCUGCUUAUCCUCAGUGUACAGAGCCCUGCUUGUCCUCAGUGUACAGAACCCUGCUUGUCUUCAGUGUUCGGAGCCCUGCUUGUCCUCAGUGUACAGAGCCCCGCUUGUCCUCAGUGUACGGAGCCCUGCUUGUUCUCAGUGUACGGAGCCCUGCUUGUUCUCAGUGUACGGAGCCCUGCUUGUCCUCAGUGCACAGAGCCCUGCUUGUCCUCAGUGCACAGAGCCCUGCUUGUCCUCAGUGUACAGAGUCCUGCUUGUCCUCAGUGUAUAGAACAUUGCUUGUCCUCAGUGUAUAGAACCCUGCUGUACUCAGUGUACAGAGCCCUGCUUGUCUUCAGUAGUGUUGCUCGCGAAUAUUCGCAAUGCAAAUUUUAUUCGCGAAUAUUGCACAUUCGCGAAUUUGCGAAUAUUCGCGAAUAUAACACUACAUAUUCGCAAUUACAAAUAUUCAUUUUUUUUUUCACAGUACACAUCACAGUGAUCAUCCUUCUCUGCUUCCGGCUUGUGUGGUGUAAAGAAGGCUCUAAUACUACUGUGUGAGACUGGCGUGCGAAUUUUUGCGCAUAUACGAAAAUUUGCAUAUGCAAAAUUUCACAUAUAUGCAUUUUCGCAUAUGCAAAUUUUUGUAUAUGCCAAUUUAUCGCAUAUGAUAAUUUUCGCAUAUGCGAAAAUUAACCGCAAAUAUUACGAAUAUGCAAAUUUAGCGAAUAUAUGACGAAUAUUUGUCCAUAUAUUCACGAAAUAUCGCGAAUUCGAAUAUGGCCUAUGCUGCUCAACACUAGUCCUCAGUGCACAGAGCCCUGCUUGUCCUCACUGUACAAAGCCCUUCUUGUCCUCAGUGUACAGAGCCCUGCUUGUCCUCAGUGUACAGAGCCCUGCUUGUCCUCAGUGUACAGAGCCCUGCUUGUCCUCAGUAUACAGAGCCCUGCUUGUCCUCAGGGUACAGAUCCCUGCUUGUCCUCAGUAUACAGAGCCCUGUUUGUCCUCAGUGUACAGAGCCCUGCUUGUCCUCAGUGUACAGAGCCCUGCUUGUCCUCAGUGUACAGAGCCCUGCUUGUCCUCAGUGUACAGAGCUCUGCUUGUCCUCAGUGUACAGAGCCCUGCUUGUCCUCAGGGUACAGAUCCCUGCUUGUCCUCAGUAUACAGAGCCCUGUUUGUCCUCAGUGUACAGAGCCCGGCCUCUCCACCCACACUUCCUGUAUUUGGUUUCCUCACAGAAACACACAGACAGUAGCUGUAGAGACAAAAAUCUAAAAAAAAAAUUAACCAAUGUAUAUUACAAUUGUACAAAUAAUGGUAUUAUCUACAUUAUAUUAAACGUUUUUUAAGGACAGGUACACUUUAAGUGAUGUUCACUAGGGAUUGUCUCUUUAUGUCAGAAGGGUCUUCUGACAGUAAGUUUUUCACAUGGAGUUUUGCUUAUACCUCAACUUGUCUUCCAUAAACUAUUGAGGGUUCAUGGUGGGUUCAAUCUACCCACAUCCCCACCAUAGGUGAAAUGAAUAAUGAGACAGUUUUCACUGAAAUAAGUGGGUUGCCUGUGUAAUAGAUGGACAAAGUUGGUCCUUCAGAGUAAAGACGCUGUUUGCAGCCAUUUCCCACUGAGGUUAAAAGAUAAGAAUUCCAAAUUUUUGCAUGGGCAUGCUACUGGGGGGUAUAGAGGUAGCAGUGAUGCCUCAACACUAAAGCCUUAGAGGGCCAAAGUUAUCUUUACCACAUAAGAAGAUAUUGGAAUCAUAGAUUGUACAUGGUAGGUAGGGGGCCCUGUUAAAUUUUUGUCUUGGGUCCCAAGAGCUUAAAGUAAGGCCUCUGGCAUUCACUAUGUAUAGAGGACCAAUAAAUCUAAAAUGCAAGAUGACUGAUGUAAAAGAACAGCUAGUCACGUUUACAAAUAUCCAAAAAGAGGUUUCCUGAAGUGGAAACACCCGCUGACUUCCUGACUGUUGAAUAACUUGAGAUGGGAAAAAAGAUUUUGUCAAAAACUUCUACACAUAAUGCAUUGGAAAGUCUUUUAUAGCCCAGGAAAUUGUCUAUAUGUGCAACUAUUGUGUUGAAUUGUAUCUUAAAUUAAAGUGGUGAUAAGACGGUAAGGCUGAAAAUGGGCAUACUGCAUCACACAGCUUUUGAGUACAUCAUAAUGUGUCUAUAAGGCUUUGUCCACACAGCGUACCCCUUGGGCACAUGCCAUCUCCAUAAACAACAGUGCAUUUCUGAGCAGAUUACGCCGAAAGAAUUGACAAGUCAGUUCUUUCUGUGGAGGUCAGAAUUCCAAUUCGGAUCUGACUUGGGGUCUGGUGACUCAAACUGAUAGCUGUCAGUAAUGGUCAUGAGACCCACAUCUGUGGCGGGACUUAAAUGGACACAGAAAUGCUUCUGUAUUAGUUUAGUGUGAACCCAGCCAAAUUGUUAUUUGAAUGUCUGUUUUCUCAGAGGUUAUUAAAUUUGAUGUCCUUUGGAGAUAAUACAAAGUUUGGGAAAGUAAUGCUAAAUGACUUUAUCUAAUUCCGUAGAAAACAAUUUAUAAUGAAAGGGGUUAAAUGCAUUUAGACAAAAAUGGUCUAUUUGUUUAAAAAAAAAAAAAAAAACAGCGCCAUUCUUGCUUGUGGGCUGUAUCUGGCAUUGCAGCCAAAACACCAUUCAGCACAUGGCAACAUUUUUGUGUUGCUGCAAUGGAUGGAACUAUGGAUUAAAUCAAAAUGAUAAUGGUGCCAACUCAGGGAGAAGCUAACAAAUAAUGAAAAACAAAUAAAAGUACAUUUUUCGUGGUGGAUACAUUUCGAGGUGAAUGCGAUCACCCUGUAGAAGUUUAUAAACUGCAAUCGAUAAGAAGGCAAGUCAUUUCUCUGAUGAAUUAAAUAGUUGUCUGUUUUUUUUAAUGUGUUUUUAUAUAGUUUGUCUUUCUUAUUUAAAUAAAAAAUUAAAAAACUUCAUAAAU